AUGAAGGUUAUGGAUGGAAAGAUUUCACCAAUGGAUUAUGUGAAUGAUUCUACAGGUGCGCAAAAGGAAAUUGAUGAUCAAAGGAAAGGGAAGAAUAUUCAGAUUUUAGGGAAGGAAAGCAUUCAAAUCCCAGAAUUUGUUGGCAAAGGAAAUGUCAUGGAAGGAAAGUUUGAUAAAUACUUCAUGGAAGAUAUUACAGAGAAAGUUUCUAAAGAAAUCCCAAUAAUUCUGGAGAAUGGCAAACAUUCAGGUAAAGAUAUGGAAACCACUAACUUGCAAAAUCUUGUAAUCAAUGAUUUUUCCCAAGCUAAGGAGUUUCCAAAUGAAAAAAUACCAGCUGCAGACAUUGGAGAAACUCUUGUUGAGAAUCCCAUGGAACCUUUGGAACCGCCAACAUGCACGUAUCCUAUGGAGGGGCUUUGUCAAUGGAAAGAGCAAUGUUUUUCUACCUUUCUGGUGGAGCACCAUUACACUUACAGAGAAGGUGGUGAGGUCUCUUUAGAUGAUGAGAGGGGUUUGGCACGCAGCAAGGAGUCUCCUGACAAAGGAUUUUAUUCUGAUAAUGAUAUUGCUUACCAUAUUGAUGUGGAUUCCCAUGAUUCAGAUUUUGACGAAGGCAUACAUGAACAAUUCCAAGCCACUAUUCAUCCAGGGUCAAAUUGA